CAAAAUAAAUAAACUUGAAAAAAAAAAAAAAAAGACUAAAGACUAACUCAACACUAACUACAAGUCCCGGGACUUCUAUGCAGGUUCCUGACCACACCUUUUGAAGUGGGCGUGUCGCCCUCCGUGACUAUCUGAAAAGCACAAAGGUGUAGCGGGGAAGAGAGGAGGAGGGGGAAUGGAGAGGACAGGAUUCGAACCGAGUCCUGGACAAAGGGUUCCAAGGCGGUGGGGGUAGAGAAUCUAGUCCUGACACCUCCCAAGCUGGGCGUCUGGAGCCCUCAUCCCCGCGGCGGCUCGGGCUCCCCCCCCCCCCCCCCGCCCCGCCCCGUCCUGGGUCACAAAGGCGGUUGCCAGGCGCCCGGUGGAGAAGAGAAAUGGCCCGGGAACAGCGGCCGCCACUCUGGAGCGUGCGGCCCCGCGGAGUUCAGCAGGACUGUCAAUGGCAGGAUACCAGCUCUGGUCACCAUGGACCCCACUGGACGAGAGCUUCCAAUGGCUGCGGCACACAACACCUACAUCUUCUUCAAAGCACCCUUUUAGGGCUUCCCCCUGCUUCCCACAUACCUCUUCUGACCUUGAAGUGCAGCUGUGCUUUCAAGAGGUCACUCUAGUUCUAGACAGCCCAUUCCUGGAGCCUGGGGUGAGUCCCAAGUUACCCUGCCACACAUCAGAGCUCCAAACCAUGAACAACAAGAAAGGGCUGGUCAGGAAGCCCCAGGCUGUCCGCCUCAGUGGAGUGGAUUCCGUGUUUGGCAGGGUCAUCACAGCUCAGCCACCAAAAUGGACCGGAACCUUCAGAGUUUCAGACAAAUCAGCCUUUUGCAAAAUCAUCAGCCGGGAGCACCAGUGGCCCACUGGACUUAAGGAACCUCAGAUUCAGAUGACAGUGACCAUGUGCAAACAGAUGCUGCGCUCUAUCCUCUUACUGUAUGCAACAUACAAGAAGUGCACUUUUGCCUUACAACACUCCAAGUAAAGGGUUCCCAUCUGAUUCCUGUUCCUUA